UUGGAACCGGGCUACACUUUGGAUCCCUGUGCAGACCUAUGCGACCAUGUUGCCCUUUUAACUUAAAAACCAGCAACUCUGGAAAUAGUGCAGCUUGGAGCCUAUAUACUCAGAGCGCUGACACUUAGCAAAAUAUCUCCUUAAGUGUUUCACACUUUCUCAGUAGUUUUACAGUGAUAUUGUUCAAAGCUAGCUAGAGGCUAGCAUGCGUUUGCUAACUGUUGUUGGCUGGCCGAAAGUCACUGCUGACGGAAUGAGUUAAUUAUUGUUCCCGUAAUUCCCGACUUGAGGCAAAAGCCAUUUUGACAUGAAUAUUAGAUAGCCACCUAGUUCAUUUAACUGUCUAUCUAGUUGGCCAGGGUGUUAUGCCCCUAUUUAAAGCACUGAUGUGUGCUGUCUUCAAAUAGACUGUGUUAUGCAUGGCUGCACAUUGUAUUUUGCGCUUCGUUCACCUGCUGCAGAAAGGACUUUCAAAGAGACAGUUCUGGUCUAAUCGGAACCAGGCCAAGUCGGUGGUGUUAACUCAGGUUGUAUUAAUGACUGCGCUGACGGACUUUGAGCCAAUUGCAAAGAGACUGAGGGUUGAAACCGAUGAUAAGAGAUCGCCAUCAUCUUGUCUGAAAGGCCAACUUUUAUGUAGUCAGAGCACAGAUAAUGUGACAAUGGAUCAAGAGAGGAGAGAAAAGGACAAAGAACAGAAGAUGGAAAUACGGACAAAGGCUGGAGCAGGUGGACUGCGAGGUGUCAAGACGAAACUUUCACAGCACAGAAUCUGUCCCAGGCAGCAGAAGUUCAGAUCUACGCUUGAUAGGUGGCUGCUGAAGCCUCGAAAAACCACAAACACAGCCGAGCUGUGCAGAGCUCAAGAGGAUGUAGAAAUGGCCGAUGCAGGUGGCGUGCAAGGCACUUCAACUCAGUCUCUGGACACGGUAAGUCACAAGACUGAAGAAGCUGCUGUCAGUAGCCUGGAAGAGGAAACCCAGCCGCUGACACCACAACUCCUGGAGGAGGACAACCCUGCUGCACCAGCUUCCCAAGUUUCUGCAGAAAGUGAGCUUAUGCAGAGAGUGAUCCGCAGUGGCGAUGGGUCAGAGGAACAAGAAAUGGAGACAUGCCCGGGAGGCUCGACAGGCUCUGUCAAACGCAACCCCAAAAUAACAGACUACUUCUCAGGAACCUUGUCGCCGGACUUACCUUUGAGGCGUGACAGUCCAGAAGAAUCUCCAGAGGAACAAGACAGGGACGAAGGAAGUUCUCCCUCUGAUGCUAAGCCUGAUGUCACGUGGCUUGGGACCCCCAUCAGUGAACUGGGGAGGAUGCCUGAUUGCGGGCAACAACUUCCUCGACUAAAAAAUGUUUCAGGCCAACACACUGUGCUGAUAAGGACAGACCUUCUUCAGAAUGGCAAGGUUCCUGUUCCAUAUCCUGCCAAAUUUACAGAUACCUGGGACGACGUCCACGUCAAGAUGCCCUGGUCAGGGAUGAACUUGUUUCCAGUCAUAAAUGAGGAAACACAAGAGCUGCAGAAUAAGAGCCGGUGGGAGUUGAUCAAGGAAACUUUGUCCAAGAAAAUUACAAGUGCUCAGGAUCUGAAGAACACAAUAUUGAAGUACAGUGCUGGGCAUGCCAAGAAAUGGGACUUCACAGCAUUACAUUCAUACUGCACCAAGGUCCUCGAGCCUGAUGCUGCUGAACAUCUGUUUGGUUCCCUGCUGCCAGACAUGGUGCAAUUAGCACUGAGAGCAUCUGAGCUGUGCACCAAGCCGAUACCGCUCCUCAAGGGAGGGAUGAACCACUCCAUCACCAUGUCUCAGGAGCAGGUGGCAAGCCUGCUUGCCAACGCCUUCUUCUGCAGCUUCCCCCGACGCAACUCCAGGAAAACUGAGUACUUAAAUUACCCAGACAUCAACUUCUUCAGGCUGUUUGAGGGAGCUUCACCAAAGAAGAUUGAGAAGCUCAAAACCCUGAUGUGCUAUUUCAAAAGUGUGACUGAGCAAAGACCCACUGGACUUGUAACAUUCACACGAAAAAGUUUGGACAGACCUCCAAAUUGGAAGAGCUCACAGUCUCAGCUCACAAAACUCCACAUUACAUGUGAAGGGACCAUUGAGGAUGACGGUUAUGGCAUGCUUCAGGUGGAUUUUGCCAAUCAAUUUGUGGGAGGAGGUGUCAUCGGUUCCGGUCUGGUUCAAGAGGAAAUCCGCUUUCUGAUCAACCCUGAGCUUAUUGUUUCUCGCCUCUUCACCGAAGCCCUGGGCCAUAAAGAAUGUCUGAUCAUCACAGGUACACAGCAGUACAGUUCAUACACUGGCUACGCACAAAGUUACAAAUGGGGUGGCAGCCACCAGGACUCAACUCCCAGAGAUGGCUGGCAGAGAAAAUGCACAGAGAUUGUGGCCAUUGACGCGCUGCAGUUCAGGAGUUUUCUCGAACAGUUUCACCCAGCCAGAAUCAACCGAGAGCUCAACAAGGCCUACUGUGGCUUCGCUCGCCCUGGGGAAAGAAGCCAAAACCUCUCGGCGGUGGCCACAGGGAACUGGGGAUGUGGGGUUUUCGGAGGUGACACCCGUCUUAAAGCUCUGCUCCAGAUGCUGGCAGCUGCUGAGGCGGGCCGAGAUGUGGCCUAUUUCACCUUUGGUGACAGCCAGCUCAUGACAGACGUCCACAACAUGCAUGCUUUCCUCACUGCCAGGAACAUCAGUGUCGGGGAGGUGUACGAUCUCCUGGGGCAGUACUACAGCUCGGUGUGUAAAAGCUGCCUCAGUCGGCGCCCUGACGUCAGCCUCUACUCCUUCAUCUACCAACAGGUCAGCUCCUCCUUGGCGCCCGAUGCCUCCGACAGCGGCGCGGCCAGACAGCACGUCCCCACAGACGGCCGUUAAGGUCAGGUGGCCGAUGAGUCACCGUGCCUUACCUUCCCAAAACAAAACAGAUGUCCAACUUAAACACUCUCCGUCUACCUUUGGCUCUUAUGUUUUUUUUAUUUGGAGAUUUUUUUUUUUGUCAGACGAACUUUUAAUUAACAAUGGUGGAUGUGCCAAAUGCCAUCUCCUGUACUCAGAGCCCCAAAUGAAAAGCUAUAAAGCAUGCAGAUCCUUUAGAGGAACAACUGAAGUGCAGUAGGUGAUUAGCUCUGCCCCUGUCUGGCACUGCAGUAGAAGUUUGUGUUUGUUUUCCGCGGCUGGUAAUACUCCGAUGGAUUGAGUCUCGAUAUGACACAAUUGUGAUUUUAAUGGUGAAGCAAAGGUUGCCAUCCAUCUUCUAGGUUUGUCAUGUUGCCUUUUUUUUUUUUUUUUUUUUUUUUUUUACACCCACACAUAUCCAGCCUAAUUGAAUUGGCUGUCAGAAAUCAAGUUAAAGGAAAAGAAUAACAAGAAUAGGCUUUAGAAAGCUUGGAGCAGUCUCAGGAAAGGGGUUUGAUUUAAAGAGCACUCGGGCUCUUAGGGAAACGGUCCGUAACACUCAAUUGUAUUGAAACCUAAUGUGUAUUGGCAGUAAUGUUUUAGCUCAAAUCAUAGCUCCAUGCCCUGCACAGUCAUUAGUUCUGCUGUAUGUAUCACAAUCUGGCCAUUAACUCAAUCACCCUUCAAAAUGUUGAUUUAAUUUGGAUCACUUGUGUUUCUAUAAUUUUCAGUUAACAGAUGUUUGAAAACGUGCUCCUUGCUGUAUGCUUCUGUUUGAAUGCAAAUUGAGAAUUUUGCUGAUAGAUUAAUUUGUUUUGCAAACAACAGACUGAAUAAAAUGUAUUGAGUUUUGCACAAAUAUAAUUUCCUGGUUUGU